GUUAGAGCAGGGGGAUCCUGGGAGCCAGGACGCCUGUCAGUUCCUAUUCAGCGUGGCAGGGAGUUGGGGUUUUGGGGAGCUGGCCGGGGCUCCCCCUACUUGGUCUGGGGGUACCAGCGGGGGGUGGGGGAAGUGGAUCUGAACCGGGCAGCAGGACUCAACCUGGGGCAGGGGGGGAGCUGGGGGGAACCCAGAUUUAUUUAAACCCUGGGGAGGCUGCAGGUUGGGUGCCCCAUCCGAUCACUCCCAGCCCACUUCACCCGCUCCCCCCGCUGUCCCCCGUUUGCCCCUUGGCUCUGGGUCGAUGGGAGUUUGCCCCCCAGCAGCUGCUGGUUACUUAGCCCCAGUGGCAGGGCUCUGAAGACCAGUUGCUGCCUCACUUGACCCCAGCGUCUUGGUUUGGGACAGGCCCUCCUGCCCUGCCAUGGCCGUGCUCGGCCACUGGUGUCCCGUGGGGACGCUCGGCCCGGCGAGCUGGGCUUGAUCCCGGCCCCAUGUCUGUCCCGAAGACGAGCUCGUGACUUGAAAACGAAAAGCCCCUUGAUCGCCUGCGGGGCCGGCCUGGUCGCCCGGUUCACCGGCCCCCCCGACCCCAUGUGUUUUAUGCCAGCUGUGACCCGAGGGCUCGUCGGUCCCUCCAGCUGAGUGUGAUUAAAAAAAACAAGUGGCUGAAAACGAAGGUGGCGUCUGUUGAGUUUAUUCCAAAGUGGCCAACUGCUCAGCCUGCAAACAGGGCCAGGGCCGGGGCCUUGGUGUCCACGGGCGGGUUUCCAGCGGGGAGGCGUCUUGGCCCUGCUCUGUUUAACACCUUCACCAAUGAGCCGAGCCGGCCUCUGCACUGGCACAGGGUGUUCCCAGCCAUUCAGCCUCUGCUGAGCUGGGCCGGGGCUCGCAGCGCCCGGCGAGAUAACAGCCAGCAACGCUCCUCUCUGCCGGGCCGGGGGCUGCGGGUUGGGAGCCAGGAGGUUAGCAGGGGACCCUGCGAUAUGAGGCCUGGUCAGAAAGAGCUGGUGGGAGGCCUCCAGUCAGGUCCUGGCGUGCAUUCGCUGCCUGGGACAUGAACUUGGCGAGACCGGGGGUUGCAAAACCACAAAUGCUCCUACGAGAGGCCAGGCACCGGCCGCUCGUGUAAACGAGCCCCAGAGGAAUUGUGCCAGGACCCACCCGCUACCAAGCUACGGUGCUGACGCCCGCUGUGCCCUCAGAAAGAUAAGCUGUGGGGGUCGGGGACAGAUAAGAUGUUUGGAGCGAGCCAACAGGGGUCUGCAUGGCGGCACAUGAGAGCAGCUACAACACCGACGCCACCCACUACAACAGCUGGGACGGCAGCACCGACUUCGGCAUCUUCCAGAUCAACAGCCGCUACUGGUGCCAGAACGGGGAUGAGUACAGCUCCAACAUCUGCCAAAUUCCCUGCAGCGACUUGCUGAGCAACAACCUCUCAGCGGACGUUGAAUGCGCGAAGAUCAUUGCCCAGGACUCCAACGGCAUGAGCGCCUGGGUGGCCUGGAGGUCGUACUGCGAAGGCCAGGAUCUGUCGCAGUACGUUGAAGGAUGCGGCGUGUGAGAGCUGCCCCGGGAUCGGGCUCUGUCCCGCCCCGGGUUCUCCGGGCCCCGGCUCAUCACCUUAUCCCAGAGCUUUUCAAACACAAUCACCCCCACGAAUCCAAGACCCAGCGUCCGACUGCUCAGCUUCCCGGACCAUCUCAACAGGGGAA